AUGUCCCUACAGGCCGUGCGCUACUCGCGCGGCAAGCUCGAAGUCCUGGACCAGCUGCGGCUGCCGCACGAGUUCCACUACGACGCCGUCGCCACCCGCGCCGACGCCUUCGACAGCAUCGCCAGCAUGCGUGUCCGGGGCGCCCCGGCCAUCGCCAUCGUCGCCAGCCUCGGCCUCGCCGUCGAGCUGCACAACGCCGGUGGCGUCCCCGGAGCUUCCUCGGCCGCCGACGCCGUCGCCCACAUCGACGGAGCCCUCGAUUACCUCAAGACGAGCCGCCCGACCGCCGUCGACCUGACCAACGCCAUCGACCGCCUCAAGACCUGCACGCGCGCUGCCGCCGCUGACGGCUCGGGCUCCACGGAAGAUGUCGUGCGCGCCUUCAUCAACGAGGCCGAGGCCAUCUUUGAGCGCGACCUGCAGACGAACCUGGCCAUUGGCGAGCACGGCGCCGAGUGGCUGCGCGCGCAGGCUGGCGCCGCCGAUGCCUCCGACAAGACCGUCUCUGUCCUGACGCACUGCAAUACGGGCUCGCUGGCCACGUCGGGCCACGGCACCGCCCUCGGCAUCAUCCGCACCCUGCGCGACAAGAAGCUGCUCCGCCACGCCUUUUGCACCGAGACCCGCCCCUACAACCAGGGCAGCCGCCUCACGGCCUUUGAGCUCGUCUUCGAGGGCAUUCCCGCGACGCUCAUCACCGACUCCAUGGCCGCCGCGCUCUUCCGCACCCGCCGCGCCGAGACAAACCUCGCUGCCGUCAUCGUCGGCGCCGAUCGCGUCGUGCGCAACGGCGACACCGCCAACAAGAUUGGCACCUACCAGCUCGCCGUCCUGGCGCGCCACCACGGCCUGCGCUUCGUCGUCGCCGCGCCCACCACGAGCGUCGACCUCGAGACGGAGACGGGCGACGGCAUCAAGAUUGAGGAGCGCAAGCCGUCGGAGCUGACGCAGGUCACCGGCGCCGUGAUCCGCGAUGACGGCACGGUGGACGAGACGCGCAAGGUGCGUGUCGCGACGGCGGAUCAGCGCGUCGGCGUGUGGAACCCGGCCUUUGACGUGACGCCGGCCGAGUACAUUGACGCCGUGGUGACGGAAAAGGGCGUCGUCGAGAGGGGUGCCGACGGCGUCUUUGACUUUUCGAAGAUUAUGCCGGAGCGGUGGGCCGCCGUCGUGGGCAAGGAGGACGAGCAAAGGGCGAACCAGGCGCGCCUGGGAGCCAAGUUUGGGACGGCCGUGCGGGCGGACACGGGGGCUCCCGGCGCUUUAUGA